AUGGCGACUCCAGUGGAUUCGAAGCUUCUGAAGAGGACCAAGUUUCCUCCUGAAUUUAACCGUAAGGUGGACAUGACGAAAGUUAAUAUCGAGGUUAUGAAGAAAUGGAUAGCUAAGCGCAUUUCCGAUAUUCUCGGAAACGAAGAUGACGUCGUCAUUGAACUGUGCUUCAAUCUGUUAGAAGGCACUCGCUUUCCGGACAUCAAGUCCCUUCAGAUUCAGCUCACUGGGUUCCUUGACAAAGAUACGCCAAAGUUCUGCAAAGAACUGUGGUCUCUCUGCCUGAGUGGCCAGGAAAAUCCCCAGGGUGUUCCCAAAGAGCUACUGGAAGCUAAAAAGCAGGAGUUGAUGCAAGAAAAGCUCGAAGCCGAGAGGGCUGCUGAGGCGGCUCGGCGAGAAAGAGAAGAAGAGCGAAUUCGAGAGCGUGAACUAAACGAUAUGAGACGGCGGGAACGUUCAGAUCGAGGAGAGCGAGGGGAUCGCGGCUGGCGACGAGGUCAUCAUGAUCGACGCCGCUCGCGCUCGCCUGCUGGCCAAUACUCCAGACAACGAUACCGUGACUCUCCUCGCCGUAUGUCUACGCGCCCGGACCGCACUCCUCCUCCCGGUCGUUCCGAUUCCCGUUCUCCUCGUCGUUCACGUCGGCCAGACUUUACUCCCCCACGCGCUCGCUCUCCUUCACGAUCUCCCCGGCGAUCUCGCCGACCAGAUGUCACACCUCCGGAUGCUCGCCACUCAUCCCGUUCCCCUCGUCGUCCCCGUCGACCAGAUGUGACCCCUCCGCGCGCUCGCUCUCCCUCGCGAUCUCCUCGUCGCUCUCAUCGGCCAGACAUCACCCCUCCCGAUGCUCGCUCAUCUUCUCGAUCCCCUCGCCGGUUCCGUCGCCCGACACGCUCGCCGUCACACGGUCGUGGUUCCUCUCCGUCGCCUCGUCGAUACCGCCGCCGCUCGUUCAGCCGGUCCUCGAGCCCCGACCAUAAUGACCGUGCUGGGCGACGUCGAUCCAGUCGUAGUUCGACAAGAAACCGCAGAGAUUAG